AAUCUCACGACCACAGCCUUUAGCUUAUUUGUGUGGCGAAGAGAAGAGAUAACAUUCCUAAGCAAAUCUCUUCUCUCUCUCUCUCUUCGUCUCCAAAGAGAUUACAGAGAUCAGUUUUUGAACAUUUCUCAUCUCUCGAAGCUCUUCUCUCAGUGUGUGUGGCCAUGGCUGCUAAUUCGAUUAUGGCUUCUUCCAAACCCCUAAUCUCCCUCUCCUCCAACCAACAACCAAGCCGAGUCCAAAUUCCCAAAUUCGCCAAACUUCCCCAAAUUCCCAAAUCACUCACUUCCUCCACCGAUCUCCGUAGCAAAGCUCUAUCACUCUCAUCCGCCACCGCCAAAUCCUUAGCUCUAAUCGCCGCCUUCGCUCCACCGUCAAUGGCGGAGGCGAUGGAGAAAGCACAGCUCUUCGAUUUCAAUCUAACGCUUCCGAUCAUCGUUGUUGAGUUUCUCUUCUUGAUGUUCGCACUCGACAAAGUCUAUUACUCUCCGCUUGGUAACUUUAUGGAUCAAAGAGACGCUUCCAUCAAAGAGAAGCUCGCGAGUGUUAAGGACACUUCGGCUGAGGUAAAGGAGCUCGAUGAGAAAGCCGCCGCCGUGAUGAGAGCAGCUAGGGCUGAGAUCGCCGCCGCGCUUAACAAGAUGAAGAAGGAGACUCAGGUUGAGGUUGAGGAGAAGCUAGCGGAGGGAAGGAAGAAGGUGGAGGAGGAGCUAAAAGAAGCUUUGGCGAGCUUGGAGAAGCAGAAGGAAGAAACCAUUAAAGCUUUGGAUUCUCAGAUUGCUGCUCUUAGUGAAGACAUUGUCAAGAAGGUUCUUCCUUCUUAAAUUAUAUAAAAUUAAAAUCAUAUUUUUGUUAACUUUGUAAUUCUCUGUCUCUCUCUCUGUCAAAACUCAUUUACAAGAAAUUACUGUAAAUCUCUUCUUUCUUCUUCUCUGUUUCUUGGAUUGUUGUUCGUCGUUCAAGAAGAACACUUUUUAUUUUGUAAGUUUAUAAAUAAUUAGCUCUCUUCUCUUA